UUCAACAGUUGACAGUACACACAUGACAAAAUAAGGCCCAAAGUAGUUCAAACUCCAAAUUAAACUUAUUGUUUUGAAAAUCCAUGGAGAAUAAAUAAUUUUUAUUCAAUUUAAUUACCUAUUUUCGAUCAAACUGAUAUCAAGUUAUAUUUUAAGUAGUGGAAAUGUCUUGUUUGCUGUUAAACAAUAACAGGUCAUUCCUAGUGUGUUCUAGUUGGAAAACGCCCAAGUAACAACAAAAAUGGAUGAAAACAUUGAUAGUAAUGUUGCUGUUUUGGCAAUACUGGAUAAUCAAUCAACAGCUUACAAACCCACAAUGGGUAUGGCAACAUACAACCAUGUCCAUACUGUGAAUCAAGAAGAAAUAGAUGUUAAUGAAAGUAAUAAACAAAAUAUAAUUUGGACGAAAAAUGCUACUUUGAUGCUCCUAAGCCUUUAUGAAACUAAAAUACAUAUGUUGGAUAAUCCUAAAAAGAAAUCUAAAAUGUGGCUGUCAAUAGCCGAGGAGUUAAAAUCCUUAAAUAUAGAGGUAACUCCAGAUCAAGUAAGAUGGAAAAUAAAUGCACUCACAAAAAAAUAUAAAGAUUGUAUAGAUAAUGGCCAGGGAGCAAUGUCCUUUAAAUAUUUCAAUGAAAUGCAUCAGAUUCUAGGAAGGUAUAAUGACAAUGGUGGAAACUAUAGACUGGCUUCAGGAGUGAUCCAAAACCAAGAAGACUUAGAUAGAGAUAAAAGCAAAAGAAACAUACCAUAUAAAACAUCAACACCAUUCAGAAAAUUAAGAGCAGAAAGGAGAGCAAAAGUUGAAUUAGAUAAACAAUGGAUAGAUUAUAUAAGAAGACAAGAAGAGCAAAAACAAAUAAGAGAUGAGAGAUAUGAGAGAAGUCUAAGGCUAAAGGAAGAGGAAUUACAAUUAAGAAAAAAAGAAUUAGAAAUUAAGCAAUCGUUAGCACUUAAAAAGUUGCAAUUGAAAGAAAAGAAACAAGAAGAAAUGUUGAAAAUAGAGAGAGAAAAAUGUGUAUUAUUAAGAAAAUUAAUUGCAGAUCAAGAACUGAUAAGGCAAUGAAUCUUAAAUUAUGGUAAAUUUGCUGAACAAAUAGAUCUCUUUAUAGGCUGGACCACACAAUAUAUUAAUUUUUAAUUA